AUGAUGAAGCGAUGGAUUGAGAAAAAGCCAGCAAGAGACCCCGUCUUUGACACGAAGAAGAAAGGGUAUCCCAACAAGCCGCGAACACCAGUUACCCUGGCUCAAUACAUGCCAAAGGUUCUUCAUCAACAUGAGACAGAUAUUCUUAGGGUUGGCCUGAACACUAAGGAAAAGCAUGUUGAGGUUGGAGAAUGUGCAUUCCCUGUGGUCGAAGGAAGCGAUGAGAUCCAAAUCCACAAGGCUACAUCUUUCACCACCGAGAUAACUUUCAAAGAUGAAGAUCUAUUACUGGGUGGAACACCUCACAAUCGCCCACUGUUUGUUGAAGGUUAUGCUCGUGAGCAAAAGAUUAAAAGAAUUUUGAUUGAUCAAGGAUCGUCCGUGAAUAUUCUAUCACUCCAAGCUGUGAAAGAACUUGGUAUUUCAACUGAUGAGCUCUCGCAAAGCCGCUUGAUGAUCCAAGGAUUUAAUCAAGGCGGGCAAAGAGCCCUGGGUAUUAUUAGACUCGAUCUUAGGAUCGGAUCUUUGAGUUCAAGUACUUUGUGUUAUGUGAUAGAUGCAAGAACAUCCUACAAUCUGUUGUUGGGUCAACCUUGGAUACAUGAAAAUGGAGUAGUUCCUUCAUCAUGGCACCAAUGCUUAAUGUUUGAGAAAGGCGGUGUGAUAGAGAAGGUCGUCCCCGAUGAAAUCCCAUUCACUGACGCAGAGUCAUACUUUGCAGAUGCGAAAUUUUACUUAAAGAAACAAGUCGUUGAAGACGACGUUGAUAAGAGCAGUAAUGAUACACCUCCCGAUCCGAAAUGGAAGGGCAAUCAAGUCGUAGACCAAAGUCAUUGUGACCAGGAACUUGUUUUCCCAUUGACAAGAAUUGAACCAUUAAAAGCUACCCCGGUCAACCCGUUGGAAGAUCAAGUGCGGGUGGGAACAAGUCAGACAUUGCCUGUAAAACGCACAGAUGGUUUCGACCCCAAUGCAUAUAAGCUCUUGUUUAAAGCAGGUUUCGACCCCAAGGAACCACAGAAAUUGGGUAGGCUCAUUCCAGAAGCUGGUGGUAGAGGCAAGUCAAACCAGCAGGAGCCACAUGCACGCAAGGGAUUAGGCUAUGUUCUACCAAAACUAGUGCGAAUCUUUAUUAACAGAGGCACAAGUAAUUACAUCACCCAUGCUGAUGAGGAAGAAGUGACGGCUAGUCAAAACGAGGUGGCAUCAUCAUUUCAUAUCACAUUAUGUGAUGAGACCCCGAUUGAGGGGGAGGACGCAGAAGAGGCACCCCAUGAGUUAGAGGGAGGGGUACAGGCCGCAAUAGAUGAAUUAAAGGAGAUUGAUCUAGGAACUACUAAGAAUCCUCGUCCUAUCUUAAUCAGCACACUCCUUUCUAAUGAAGAUGAAAAAAUCUAUGUCGAACUGCUGAAAGAGUACAUUGAUGUUUUUGCAUGGACGUACAAAGAGAUGCCAGGAUUAGACCCAAAGGUGGCUGUGCACCGCUUGGUAGUGAAAAAGGCAUGUCGUCCAGUCAAACAAGCUCAACGACGCUUUCGCCCUGAACUCAUUCCCUCAAUUGAAGGAGAAGUCAACAAACUUAUAGAGGCUGGAUUUAUUCGCGAAGUGAAAUAUCCAACCUGGAUAUCCAGCAUUGUGCCUGUGCGCAAGAAGAACGGCCAAAUCCGUGUAUGCGUUAACUUCCGAGAUCUUAAUGUUGCAUGCCCGAAAGAUGACAUCCCGCUUCCCAUCACGGAGUUAAUGAUAGAUGUCGUGACUGGGCACGAGAUCAUGUCAUUCAUGGAUGGCUCCUCUGGUUACAAUCAGAUUCGCAUGGCGCUGGAAGAUGAGGAGUUGACAGCGUUCCGAACGCCUAAAGGCAUCUACUGCUACAAAGUGAUGCCCUUUGGUUUGAAAAAUGCAAGUGCUACAUACCAAAGGGCUAUGUAG